AUGGCAGCCGCCGGCGAUGCCGGCCUCGACGUGGCGGCGGUGGAAAGUUUCCUAGAGAGGCACCCGGAGCUGGUGGAGAAGUGGCUGCAGAGGAAGAACUCGCUCCCUAAAGCGCCUGCCGUCCCCGCCGCCCCCGCUGCCGGCCCGUCGGAGGAGCGGCGGAGCAGCGACGGCCCCGGCGGCAGCUGGGGGAGCGCGGGCGGCCCCGGCGGCCCCGGCCCCGCUCCCGGGGGGCUGCAGCGCCGAGCGUCCCAGAAGGAGCUGCGGAAGAGCUUCGCCCGCUCCAAGGCUAUCCACGUCAACCUCACCUACGACGAGCAUGUGCACGCCCGGGCACAGGAGCCGCUGAGCAGCGUGCGGCGGCGGGCGCUACUGCGGAAGGCCAGCUCCUUGCCCCCCACCACCGCCCACAUCCUCAGCGCCCUGCUGGAGUCCCGCGUCAGCCUGCCCCAGUACCCCCCCACCGCCCUGGACUACAAGCGCUACCUCAAGGAGCACAACGAGCGCCAGUUCUUCCUGGAACUGGUCAAGGACAUCUCCAAUGACCUGGACCUCACCAGCCUCAGCUACAAGAUCCUCAUCUUCGUCUGCCUCAUGGUGGACGCGGACCGGGGAUCCCUUUUCCUCGUGGAGGGAACCUCCGCCGGCAAGAAGACCCUGGUGUCCAAGUUCUUCGACGUGCACGCCGGCACCCCGCUGCUGCCCUGCGGCUCCACGGAGGACAGCAACGAGGUGCAGGUGCCCUGGGGCAAGGGCAUCAUCGGCUACGUGGCGGAGCACGGCGAGACGGUGAACAUUCCCGACGCCUAUCAGGAUCGACGCUUUAAUGAUGAGAUUGACAAACUGACUGGAUACAAGACAAAGUCACUCUUGUGCAUGCCCAUAAGAAACAGUGAUGGAGAGAUUAUUGGUGUUGCCCAAGCAAUAAAUAAGACUCCAGGAGGUGCCCCUUUUUCUGAUGAUGAUGAAAAGGUGAUGCAGAUGUACCUCCCUUUCUGUGGGAUUGCCAUAUCCAAUGCCCAGCUAUUUGCAGCUUCAAGGAAGGAAUAUGACAGAAGCAGGGCUCUGCUGGAAGUAGUGAAUGACCUCUUUGAGGAACAGACUGACUUAGAGAAAAUAGUGAAGAAAAUUAUGCAUCGGGCCCAGACCCUCCUGAAGUGUGAGCGGUGCUCGGUGCUACUUCUGGAAGAUAUUGAAUCACCAGUGGUGAAAUUCACAAAAUCCUUUGAAUUGUUAUCUCCAAAAUGCAGUGCUGAUACUGACAACAGUUUCAAAGACAGCAUGGAAAAAUCAUCCUCUUAUUCUGACUGGCUAAUAAAUAAUAGCAUUGCUGAACUCGUCGCUUCCACAGGUCUCCCAGUGAACAUCAGUGAUGCCUACCAGGAUCCUCGAUUUGAUGCUGAUGCUGACCAAAUUUCUGGCUUUCACAUAAGAUCUGUUCUGUGUGUUCCUAUAUGGAACAGCACCCACCAAAUAAUUGGUGUAGCUCAAGUGUUGAACAGGCUUGAUGGGAAAUCCUUUGAUGAUGCUGACCAGCGACUGUUUGAAGCUUUUGUUAUUUUUUGUGGCCUGGGUAUCAACAACACAAUUAUGUAUGACCAAGUGAAGAAAUCCUGGGCAAAACAGUCUGUGGCUCUUGACGUGUUGUCUUAUCACGCAACAUGUUCGAAGGCAGAAGUUGAUAAAUUCAAGGCAGCAAACAUCCCUCUGGUGUCAGAGCUUGGCAUUGACGAUAUCCAUUUUGAUGACUUCUCGCUCGAUGUGGAUGCCAUGAUUACUGCAGCCCUGCGGAUGUUCAUGGAACUUGGAAUGGUUCAGAAAUUUAAAAUUGACUACGAGACGCUGUGUAGGUGGCUUUUGACGGUGCGGAAGAACUAUCGGAUGGUUUUGUAUCACAACUGGAGGCACGCUUUCAACGUCUGCCAGCUGAUGUUUGCCAUGUUAACUACCGCAGGAUUUCAGGAGAUUCUAACUGAAAUUGAAAUUUUAGCUUUGAUUGUGGGAUGCUUAUGUCACGACCUUGACCACAGGGGAACCAACAAUGCCUUCCAAGCAAAGAGUGGAUCAGCCUUAGCUCAGCUCUACGGCACCUCUGCUACUUUGGAGCACCACCAUUUCAAUCAUGCUGUCAUGAUUCUCCAAAGUGAGGGUCACAACAUCUUUGCUAACUUGUCCUCUAAGGACUACAGUGACCUUAUGCAGCUUCUAAAGCAAUCGAUAUUGGCAACAGACCUCACUCUGUAUUUUGAGAGAAGGACUGAGUUUUUUGAACUUGUCAGUAAAGGUGGUUAUGACUGGAAUGUAAAACACCACCGAGAAGUAUUUCGAUCAAUGCUAAUGACAGCCUGUGACCUUGGAGCUGUGACCAAACCGUGGGAGAUUUCAAGACAGGCAACUGAGCUGGUAACCAGUGAGUUCUUUGAACAAGGAGACAGAGAAAGAUCUGAACUCAAACUCACCCCUUCAGCCAUUUUUGAUCGGAACAGGAAACAUGAACUACCCAGGCUGCAGCUUGAAUGGAUUGAUAGCAUCUGCAUGCCAUUGUAUGAGUGUCUAGUGAAGCUGAAUGUGAAACUGAAGCCUAUGCUGGACUCCGUAGCAGUAAACAGAGGUAAAUGGGAGGAGCUGCACAAAAAAAGACUUCCUUCCCAGGCAGCAUCCUUGUCCUCCUUUUCCUCUAGCUUCACCAUGUCUCUCAAAGACAUCAAUUAAGGCUGCAAGUAUCAGUGUCACAUUACAAUAAGAGCUGUCUGAAAGGUUUUCAUAAGCUUAGACCCACCAUUUUUUAAGAACUGCUUUCCCAGACAUGCUUAAUUGAUCAGAUAUUAUCUUGAUGGCAGCAUAGUUUGCUUUUCCUGGAAGGCUUGGUGGGACUGAAGGGGAGCCUGCAGUGGGAUUGCGCUGGUGUCUGGAGUGACACGGAACACUGAACAGAAGCAGCGUUCAUUCAGCUCCACUACAUUUCAACUGCUGCUGUAAAAAUCUGACAACAGACUGAAAUAUAAGAACUCACAGCUUAAUAAAAUUAAUAAUACAGAGCAGGACUGGGAUGCAAGCUGGCCAAUUCAUAUGCAAGGAGCUGCAGAAAACAGAAUGGUGUAAUUACAUUGUUGUUUUGCAUCUCUUCAGUACAUGUUAUGAAUCAAUUAUGCCUGCUUUUGUGAUGCUCCUCUCUUACUCUCCCUCCUCUUUUAUGCCUGAAUGUUCUGAAAAGCCUGCUUUGUAUUCUGAAGAAGUAUUUUUUUACAACAAAGCUUCUUAGUGAUUGAUCAGGGCCUUUAGAAUUGCCUACCUUUGCUACAUUUAAAAACAAACUUUAUUAUCUUUAAAAACACCAAGCUGUCCCUUCUUUCCUGAGAAAUUCAUAUUAACAGUGCAGCAAAUUUCUCAGCAAGAGGAAGUUUGCAUAAAGGCAAAAUAUUGCAUGGUAAUUUUAGAGUGGUUUUUUUUUUCCUUUUAAGAAAUGCUCUUGUAACACAUUCAUUUUUUAAAAAAUUAUGGGGUUGCCUAAGGAAAAGAUUACUGGGUUUUUUUGAAAAUAGACUACAAAUAAAAAAGGAAAUCUGUUGCUUUGUGCUUCAGGUUUAUAUUACAUUGACAAGCAGACCAUGGAUAAGCCUUUCUAGUAUAAUUUCCAGUUUAAAUUAGCAUUUUGAAAUAGUGGAGAGGUAGAGUAUCAUCACACUGGACUGACUAGCCCUUUCUCACAGUUCUUUCAGUACAAUUUCAAAUGUUAUUACUGCAGGUAGCACAGCACUAGUCAAGGCUCAUAUGUUGACAUCUGUGGUAAAGGUGUCCUUAAAAAUCUAACCAAAUAUGAUAGGGCACAAAAUUAAACAUAUCUCUGUGUGAUGACCCUAGUAUUACCUGAAAGUUGGUCUCCUUCCAUUAGUGCCAAGAUCACUAAUGCAACAAACCUAUGAUCUGUGAUUUGAGGGUGCUUUCUCUGCUGCAUGACCAGACACAAGAGGAAUCAUUUUGCAGUGCUUAUAAGUGCCCAUUCAUAGGGGGGGGGAAAAGACAGAAGCCUUUGUACUCCAUGAAAAAUGGGACUCUAAAUAUAGGGUUGUCUGGCAGCAGAAAUUAAAGCUGAAUUCAGCUUAGUUUUACACCUGUGCCAAACUCCAUUUACUUCAAUGGAAUUACCUUGAACUGGCACCAGCUUAAUGGAAAUUAGAGCCCAGCCCAGCUGACCAGAUGCUAAAAGAGCUUUUUUCCUUUCUAAGGAAACAGAGUUUUUAGAGCCUUAGAAAAGCUGACCACAUCUAUCUGACAAUCAAACAGAAACAACAAAUCUGCUGAUCCCUUCUUUAAAAGAAACCAAACCAAACAAAAACGCUCUGUGCUUCUAAUGGUGCAUAGGACAAUAGCAGGAAAUUCAGUAGCUUUGUGAGCUGUUAGUGCACAAAUGAACCACAUCACUCUCCUGCAGAAAGAAGCAGGGAAGGAGCAGAAAUUCAAACUGCACGGCAGUGAGUGCAUGCACCAAAUGGAAAUGUUUCUGCUGUUCUUUUACCACUUCUUUCUUCUCUGAAUAAAGCCAGAUGCAGUUUAGUAAGCACCAAGCCAUACAACACACAGUUCAUGAGAAAAACAGCUACUGGGAACCGACAGUACUGCUGGCAGGUACACACGGCUUUCCUGAAUUUUGAUAUUGCAUACUGCUAAGGAUAACAUAAUUUAUAAUGCGUACCCUACAGCCUCCCUGAAGGUUGAGUCUCCCCUCAUUUCCUCUCCUUUUUAUUGGCUUCAGUGCACUGUUGCCCAUGGCAACACCCACUGGCAGGGAUGGGGACUCGGCAGCACCGCAGCCUGACACACAGCUGAAGCCCUAACAAUGUCAACCAUCAAUCAAGUGACUGUUUGUAAUUGCCUCCAUCUAUUUCUCCUGUCUUUUGGUAUCUUUGCCAUUGUGGGUCAAAAUUCAGAAACUGCUGACUAAUGUUAUGGUUCUGUUCCUCCAUCACAAGGAAGAAAAUGAGAGCACACAGUUUGAUCUUAUCAAAUUGUUCUCAGGCAAAAUGAAGCAACCCUACUGAAACUGGGGGGCCCAGCAGUGCAUCUCAGAACAGCAUUCGGUCUCUGAAAGUCAUAUAGCUCAAUCUUAAAAAAACCAACCAACUAAACAAACAAAAACCGUAUCUUCCUUUUUUAAGACUUAGCUUAGGAAACGAAAAAAAAAAAAAAAAAAAAAAAGAGAAAAAUAUGAUUCUUUGUGGAAGCAUGCAGUACAGUAAACAAACAUAUUCCAAGUCUAGUAUAUUUUAAGAUUGUGGGAAACACUUUUUAGCUACUGCUUAUAAACUUAAUGAUCAGAAAUUGUAUCUGCUUUUCAUUAUUUCUGAGAAGGAAACAAUUUCCCAGUAUUUCAAUCGCUUCUGCUAAAUUUUCUGAGAUAUGCACAAGAGACAUGAUUGUGUAGGUUAUUUAAUCUCAUUCUCUGUCUUUUACUUGCUUCCCUGCCUGCUGAACAAGGAGAAAUUAAAAAAAAAAAAACAAACCAAAAACAAAACCAAAAAAAACCCAACACAUUGAAAUCAGCCUA